AUGGAAGGAGAGACGCCGCCGCCGCCGGAGCUGGACGGAACGGAGGGUGAGGCGCAGCCGCCGCCGGCGUGUGUCUCCAAGGUGCUCGACGACGAGAACCUCCUGACGGAGAUCAUCGUCCGCGUCGGCUGCCCCACCAGCCUCGUCCGCGCCGCCGGAGUCUGCAGGCUCUGGCUCAGCCACGCCUCCGACCGCGCCUUCCUCCGCCGUUUCCGCGAGCUCCACCCGCCCAGGCUCCUCGGCUUCUACCUCGAGCAAAGGGAGUAUCCGGACGCCGCCGCACGAUUCUUCCCGAUGCUGCCUCAGCCUCCGGGGCUCGAUGCCGUCGUCCGCCGCGCAAGCUUCAGCCUGGACGCCUACGAGGGCGCACAGACCGACAUGGCGGGCUGCUGGAACGGCAGCGUCCUCACCAGUUUGCACGUGUAUAACUUCAACCACCGCCGAUCCGAAAUUACAUUUGUGGUGCACAUCCCAGCAUUACACCACAAAUCCGGGGAAGGCAAUUUCUGCACUUUUAUUCAGCUCUUUUCCAAAGAAGAAGGCGCCGGCGUGUCCUACUUUUAUGUCAGGGUGGAGUGCGACAGGCUUCAAACAUAUUCUACGGUGCAAGUAUAUGUGUUGCAAAAUGGUGAUCAUGUCUGGCGCACCCAUCUUACCUUGGCCUCAGCAGACGUCCUCCUAUAUCCACGAUCCAGCCCCAAAGGCGUGCUCGUUGGCAACAAAAUCUAUGUGCCGUGCGACCCAGAUGAAAUUGUUGUCCUGGACUUGACAACCUCGAUCUUAUUGACAAUUCAGCUUCCACAAGGGGUGGGUUUUGGCUUAGCAGGCAACACCAUGCUGUCACGGGCUGAUGAUUCUUCUGGUGUAUAUCUCAUCCAUGUCAAAGAGUUUCAACUUCACAUAUGGCUCCUCAAUGGCGACAGCUGGUUGUUGGUGGACACCAUUUGUUUGCGUGAAAUGUGUGCUAAUUUUCUUGAGGAUGAGCCUACUGCUGAUAUCCGGAUAAACCAUGUGGGGGACUACAAUGAGUUUGUAUUCUUGGAGAUGUGUCGAUGUGUACUCUACUUGGAUAUCAAGUGCAGGACGCUGCGUAAAGUGUAUGAGAUGACAUCGGAGGAGCAACAUUUGGGUGAUAUCUAUCCUUUUAUGAUGAGCUGGCCUCCCAUUUUCCCCGCGCUUGUGGAUAGCCCUGCAAGGUUUGUCUUCUGCCCUUUUGGUGAUUUCUAUAGUGUCCUUGUAGAGGUUACAUAG